AUGAGAGUAGUCAUUAAGGGCGGUGUCUGGAAGAAUACCGAAGAUGAGAUAUUAAAGGCUGCCGUAAUGAAGUAUGGCAAAAACCAAUGGGCCAGAAUAUCAUCUCUACUUGUCCGAAAGACGCCAAAGCAAUGUAAAGCUCGUUGGUAUGAAUGGCUGGACCCUUCCAUCAAAAAGACAGAAUGGUCUAAAGAAGAAGAUGAAAAGCUACUACAUUUGGCCAAAUUGAUGCCAACCCAAUGGAGAACUAUUGCUCCUAUAGUAGGACGUACUUCUGCUCAAUGUCUCGAGAGAUAUCAAAAGCUGUUGGAUGAAGCUGAAGCCAAGGACGGCGAAGAUGAUGGUCCAAAUGCUGAUGAUGUUAGGAAGCUCAGGCCUGGUGAAAUAGAUCCAGAACCUGAGGCCAAACCUGCAAGGCCAGAUCCAGUGGAUAUGGACGAGGAUGAGAAGGAAAUGUUGUCUGAAGCUCGAGCUAGGUUGGCAAACACUCAGGGCAAAAAAGCAAAGAGAAAGGCCCGUGAAAAGCAACUAGAAGAAGCUAGACGACUCGCCAGUCUUCAAAAGAGACGAGAACUCAAAGCCGCAGGGAUAGAUAUGAGGAAGAAGAAACAAAAGACUGGAAUGGAUUAUAAUGCAGACAUACCGUUCUAUACUCCAGCUGCAGCAGGCUUUUGGGAUACUUCAGACGAACGAGAUCGAGAAUCUAAAGCUGCUCCUAGUCGAGUAAAUGUAUUAUUAUCGACUCUGGAAGGCAAACGCCGAUCUGAAGUUGAAGAUGGUGAACGUAAAAAAGAUGCUAAACGACAAAAGACGCAAAAGGAAGCCGGUACUUAUGUGCCCCCUUCUGCUGUAAAGGCCGCAGCUAUGGCUCAACAAAUGUCUCAACGAAACAGGUUGGUAUUGCCUGCUCCUCAAAUGGGUGAAGCCGAUUUAGAAGAGUUGGUGAAGUUGGGCUAUGAAGGUGAAGCCGUCAAGGCCAUAGUAGGUGACGAUGGUGAUGCUUCCAAGAGCCUGUUGGGUGACUACUCAUUGAUUCGGACCAACCAACCCACUCGAACGCCUCGAGCAACCGCAACGAAUGAUAAUAUACGUGUAGAAGCCCGUAAUUUAAGAGCCAUGACUGAAGCCCAAACACCAUUGCUUGGAGGAUCUAUUGAUGUAACUCCAUUUGCUGAAGGCGGUACUGGAUUCGAAGGUAUCACUCCACGACGUGCUAUAAUGCAAACACCGAAUCCAUUAGCUGCUCAAUUGACUCCACGGGCUGGAGGUCCAGGUGUAUCCAUGACUCCUCGUGAUUUUGGAACUCCAAGAUCUGUAGCUGGUAGUACCGUUAGCAGUAGCAUGGGUAGCAGUCGUGUUGGUGGUGGUAGGACGCCGUUACGUGAUGAAAUGGGUAUAAACACACCACGAGAUGAUUAUGGAGGCUCAUUUGAAGACACUCCACGUAGCGUAUCUAGUAGAGGCCGACAAAACUUGAUACGAGAGCAACUAGCAUCACACUUUGCCUCGUUGCCCAAGCCAAAGAAUGACUUUGAAAUAGUAUUGCCAGAUCGUCCAUCCGCCAACGACGAUGACUCUUCCGAACCAACUGUGCAGACAGAAGAUGCAGCAGAUAUCUUAGCACAACGAGAUUCAGUAAAACGAGCUGAAGAAACAUCUAGGUUGGAACGAAGGUCCAGUGCUGUGAAACGAGACCUGCCUCGUCCUGUCAUGUCUAGCACAUCUAGUACUGACAUAGACGAGAAUGAAACCGAUCCAGAACGCCUCAUCCAGAGCGAAGUAGAACGUCGUCUUGGAUAUGAUGCUGUAUAUUAUCCAGCAGCAGGUCAAUCACGUCUGACAAAUGGAAUAGCACAUGUAGCAGACGAAUCAUAUACCGAUGAUGACUAUGUUGCAGCCUGUCAAUUACUCAAAGACGAAGUAGCAGCCACGGAACCUUUGGAUGAUACUUUAUAUGACAGUAUCACCUCAAAGUAUACGUAUUUGAGAACCGAAUCGGCCUAUGUAGAAACAUCCAAAGUCACUGAUGAUAUGCUUAUAUCUCAUUAUGAAGCCGAACUGAAUGCAGCACGACUGCAAAUGUCUCGAGAUGCAACAGCGGCUGGUAAAUUAGAAAAGAAAUUAAGUGUCAUGUUGGGAGGGUAUCAAUCUCGAGCAGCCAAUCUACACAAGACUCUAACUUCCAAGUUUGAAGAAUUGAUGGACGCUCGUGCUGAAUUGAAUGCAUUUAGCAAGUUGAGGCAAUUAGAAUUGGAUGCAGCUGAAUCUCGUAUGGAUAAAUUGAAGCAGGAAGUCGUGGGUUUGGAACGACAAGAAACGGAUGGACAAGAACGUUAUAAGCAGCUGCUUGAGGAACGUGAAGCUCUUAUUGAGCAAGGCCUAUAA